AUGAGCAACUUUGCUCAGUGUAGCUGGCCAAUAUGGCAGAUCGAUGAUCUCACGCCGUGUUUCCAGCAGGACUAUCUGAAGAUUCUCUUCCCUCUGAUUAUAAUAGGAUUUUCAUUCCUCCACCUCGCCGUGCAGACUCUUCGAAGCAUCUCCAAGAAUCGCAAACAUGGAUACGAACAGGUUUCUGACGAACAUCACCACUCGCAUACCGAGCUUCCUCCCGACGAGACCGCCGACGACGAUGAGGACGACGACGAGGCACUCACCAUGAACGGCGGUGGCCGCUUGGCUCUGGUCAAGACCACCACCAAGGGAUCCAUUGUCCAGGCCGACAGUCCUCACGGUCAGAACCUGUCCAUCGUCGUGGAGGAGCUUGCAAUUGCUGGUCUGAUUGCCAUUCACAUUAUUUCUUUGGUGACUGGCUCCGUUGCCGGCGGCCACGGCUUGAUCGUCACCAUCGUCGGCCUCGUCAACUGGGUUUACGUCGCUAUCCUUGUCACACUGCGCCUCUUCCUGGGAAACACAAAGUGGCGCGUGCCUCGCAUCUGGAACCACACGGCCUUCAUCUACCUCUUCCAGUGGCUGUUUACCAUUGCAAUCUUCCGCUCUGUCAUUGUCCACCCGCCUCCUCAGCUCGCGCAGAUCCUCGUCAUUCUCGAGUUUGCGUUGACCACCCUGCUGUUUGGCCUUGCUGUCACCACGAGAAAGGGCAACAAGACGGUGUUGUUGGAGUGGGAAGAUGGAAUUGAGCCUUCUCGCGAGCCUUUGGCCUCCCUCUUCUCCUUGGCUACCUUCUCCUGGUUCGACCCCUUGAUCCUGCGCGGAUACAAGGAGACUCUUGAGAUGAAGAGUGUCUGGAACCUCAUUCCCAAGGAGAAGGCUGCGGCCGUAUUGGCGGACUACAGAACACUCAAGAGGACCGGGGCCCUGUCAUGGCACUUGAUCAAGUACUUCAAGGCCGAGCUUCUAAGCCAAUUCGCCUUGGCAGUCCUGGCUGGUAUCUUCACUUUCGCCCCAACGAUGUUGCUCAAGGCCAUCCUAGAGUAUGUGGAGCGCCCCGAAGGAGCUCCGAUCAACGUCCUGUGGCUGUACGUGAUCCUGCUGCCCGUUCUCGACAUCGUGAGAUCGUUCGCCGACGGCAUGGCUCUGUGGAUUGGUCGCAAGAUUUGCAUUCGCAUUCGUGCCAUCAUGGUUGGUGAAAUUUAUGCCAAGGCCCUUCGUCGCAAGGCCGCCGCAGGCAAAGAUAAAGAACUCGGCAUGAAGAAGCCUUCUGGUUCCGAGAAGAAGGGCUUCUUCGCAAAGGUCAAGUCCAAGUUGGGUUUCAAGAAGGCCAGCGACGCCGAGUCCGCCAACGGUGCCUCAAAGGACGCUGAGAAGAAGGACGACGAGCAGGCUAACCUGGGCACCAUCAUCAACCUGAUGUCUGUGGACAGCUUCAAGAUUUCUGAAGUCACCGCUUACCUCCACUUCAUCUGCGCAUCCGCUCCUACUCAGCUGGUCAUUGCGAUUGUUCUGCUCUGGCAAGUUAUGGGUCUCAGCGCCAUCCCCGGUCUCGUUGUCAUGGCUUUGCUCUUGCCCAUCAACUACAGCUUCGCCCGAGGCUUUGCCAACACGUCAAAGAAGAUCCUGGGAGCUACCGACAAGAGAAUCAAUGUGACCAACGAAGUCCUCCAAAACAUCCGCAUUAUCAAGUACUUCGCAUGGGAGGCUAAGUUUGGCCGAAUCGUGGACGAGAAGCGUGCUGCGGAGUUGAAGGCUCUCCGAUCCCGCUACAUCAUCUGGUCUUUCGCGGUUGCCGUUUGGAACUCCGUGCCUGUUCUCAUCACCUUCUUCUCUUUCCUGAUGUACACUCUCGUCGAGAAGAAGCCCCUUUACCCCUCCGUGGCCUUCACUGCCAUCUCGCUUUUCAUGCUUCUGCGUGUUCCUCUCGAUCAAAUGGGAGACAUGUUUGCUCACGUUCAGGAAACCAAGGUCUCUUUGGACCGUGUCGAGGAGUUCCUCACCGAGGAGGAGACGGAGAAAUACGAGCAACUUGGCGAGGACAAUGUGGACGAGAACGGCAACAAGGUUAUCGGCUUCCGCAAGGCAACUUUCAUCUGGGGUGGCAAGGACGUUGUCGCGGACGAUGGAUCGCUGGCUUUCCGUCUCAUGGAUAUGGACGUUGACUUCCGCAUCGGAAAGCUCAACAUCAUUGCUGGACCCACAGGUUCUGGAAAGACAUCUAUGCUCAUGGCCUUGCUGGGAGAAAUGACUCUGGUGGAUGGCAAGGUGUACUGCCCUGGUGGUCGCAGCCGUGAGGAAGUCCGCGCUGACCCCGAAACCCACUUGGCGGAUACGGUUGCUUAUGUCGCCCAAGCUGCUUGGCUUGUGAACGCCAACAUCAAGGAGAAUAUUCUUUUCGCUGCACCUUACGAUGAGAAGAGAUACCGAGACGUCAUUGUCGCUUGCGCCUUGGAGCGUGACCUGGAGAUUCUCGAUAACGGCGAUGAGACUCUGGUCGGUGAGAAGGGCAUUACUCUUUCUGGUGGCCAGAAGCAGCGUAUUUCUCUUGCCCGCGCCAUCUACUCCAACUCUCGGCACAUUCUUCUGGACGAUUGCCUCAGCGCCGUGGAUUCCCAUACCGCGCAAUGGAUCUUCAACAAUGCUAUCAAAGGUCCUCUCAUGGCCAACCGAACCUGCAUUCUCGUCACGCACAACCUUACAUUGUGCGCUCCCUCAUCCCACUACAUCGUCACUCUCGAAAAUGGCAGAAUUGGUGCUCAAGGUCCAUCGGGCGAACUCAUCGCCUCCGGUAAGCUCGGAGAGGAGAUCCAGAAGGCCGCCAUCAACUCCGCCACUGUCUCCCGCAUUCCGUCCCGUGUACCGUCUAGCGUCGGCGAGGAUGGUUCCGAAACCGUCGUCAACCCAGGCGACGAGAACACCACCGAUGCCCGAUCCAAGAAGAACGACAAGAAGAAGAAGGAGACGAAGGAUGCUAUGGAGGAACACAAGGCGGAGGGCUCCGUCAAGUGGCCUGUCAUCCAGUUGUACUUGUCAUCCAUGGGCCCUUGGUGGUUCUGGAUCGUUGCCCUCAGCGUCUUCGGUCUCCAGCAGCUUUCAGGUGUUGCAACUAGUUGGUGGGUGCGGGAGUGGGCCAAGCAGUAUCUUCAGACGGAAGAGCAGUCCAUGACAUUCUCGACUUCAUCUCACAGCUACAGCUCUCAGUCGUUGUCUCCCACUUACUUCGCCUCCAUCGCCAACAUUGGGGAGAGAAUCAGCUCGUCAUUCUCCACUACCGACAACUCCGACGUCAACGUUACUUACUACCUGACCAUUCUUGCCAUUAUCGGUGUCGCAGGCUCGGCCACAGCCUUCAUCAGAGAUAUUUGGGUCUUCUACGGUUCUUUGACAGCCUCUAAGAAGAUUCACAACGAUCUUAUCUCCCGCGUCUCGAGGGCCAAGUUCAAGUUCUUCGACGUUACUCCCUUGGGCCAGCUCAUGAACCGUUUCAGCAAGGACCUUGAGGCAGUCGACCAAGAAGUCGCUCCGAUCGCUAUUGGCGUCUUCGGAUGUGCCCUUGGAAUUCUAGUCACUGUCGUCCUGAUCACUGUCAUCACCCCUGGCUUCCUCAUCGCUGGUGUCUUCAUCACCGCUGCUUACUGGUUUGUUGGCUCGUUCUAUCUCCGAGCUUCUAGAGACUUGAAGCGCCUGGAAUCCGUCCAGCGAAGCCCUCUAUUCCAGCAAUUUGGCGAGACCUUGUCGGGAAUGACCACUAUUCGUGCCUAUGGUGAUGAGCGCCGUUUCAUCCGUGAGAACCUGACAAAGAUCAAUGUGCAGGCGCGUCCUUUCAUCUAUCUUUGGGCUGCUAACCGAUGGCUUGCUUUCAGAACUGAUGUUCUUGGAGACAUGGUGUCUUUCUUUGCUGGAGUCUUCAUCAUUUUCAGCCUUGGCACCAUCGAGCCUGGACUUGCCGGUAUUUCUCUCAGCUACGCCAUUGGAUUCACGGAGAACGUCCUGUGGCUCAUUCGCCUUUAUGCCAUCAAUGAACAGAACAUGAACUCAGUGGAGCGUAUCAAGGAGUACCUGGACGUUGAGCAAGAGGCUGAGCCCAUUGUGGAGAAGAACCGCCCCCCUGAGAACUGGCCCAGCCAGGGAUCUGUCGAAUUCAUCAACUACUCUACGCGUUACCGCCAGGAUCUUGACCCUGUCCUGAGAAACCUCAGCUUCAAGAUCAACCCCAAGGAGAAGGUCGGCAUUGUUGGCAGAACGGGAGCUGGCAAGAGUUCGCUAGCCUUGGCCAUCUUCAGAGCUUUGGAGGCCGACGAGGGCAAGAUCUUGAUCGACGACAUUGACAUCGGACUGAUUGGACUUCGGGACUUGAGAGAGUCUAUUACAAUCGUCCCCCAGGAUCCUACGCUCUUUAUGGGCACCAUCCGCAGCAACCUCGACCCCUUUGACGCGUACACGGAUGAGCAAAUUUUCGAGGCCCUCCGCAAGGUUCAGCUCAUCGGACCUAACGAGUCGACGACUAGACCUACGACACCCUCUGCCUCUUCGAUGUUGCCAGCCACGCCCAACCUCGGCCUCAUCCAGGGCGAGACAAACUCGAGCCCUGCUUCAUCCAUUGCACCCACAAACAAGAACGUCUUCCUCAACCUAUCGUCACCUGUCUCGGAGUCCGGCUCCAACUUGUCUCAAGGCCAGCGUCAACUGCUGUGCCUCGCCCGAGCGCUCUUGAAGCGCCCGAAUGUGCUGGUCAUGGACGAGGCAACGGCCUCCAUUGACUACGCCACCGACACCAAGAUCCAGGAGACGAUUCGCGAACUGACCAGCACCAUCAUCACCAUUGCCCACCGUCUGCAGACAAUCGUGGACUACGACAAGGUGCUCGUUCUGGAUAAGGGAGCCGUUGUCGAAUACGGCCACCCAUACGAGUUGAUUCGCAAGGAGACCGGCAGCUUCCGGGGCAUGUGCGAUAUGAGUGGAGAGCUAUCUAUUCUGAUCAAGGCCGCCAAGAAGAAGUGGGAUUCCGGAAGGCUAGUCGACAUUGACGACGAGGAAAUCGGUGACAGCCAGGCGACGGCCGUUGAAGAUGAAGCCCAGAAGAUUACCGAAGAGGCCAAGAAGAAGGCUGAGGCUGAAGCCCAGGCCAGAGAGAGAGCGGAGCAAGAUGCCAAGAAGGCACAAGAGGCGGAUGAGGAGGCGAAGAGAAAAGCGGAAGAGGAUGCCAAGAAGAAGGCGUCUGACGAGGAAGCAAAGACGUCCGAGGAAGAGGACAAGCGAAAAGCUGAGGAAAAGGCAAAGGCCGACGAGGAGGCCAGGAAGGCUGGCGGAGGAUAG